UAAACCGUUUUAUAAUUAUGACAAAAAAAAAUUUUUGUAUUUAUUUCAAAAGAUUAAAAGGAAGUCAUCUGUGCAUCUUUACUCAAGAAAGCACGGCGGAAAAUGAGGAAGAAGAAGAAGAAGAAGAAAAUGAGGACGGUCGUAUGGUGUCUAAUAUAAAGCGAGGAUCGGAAAUAUGCAUCGAAAUUCCACGCACAUCCACGUGUCUUCUAGAAAAACCACCUAUAGACAAAAAAGUCAAAAGGCACAGUAUCCAUGGUAUGAUGGAAGAGGAAAACGUCAUAAGACCCCACCAGGAAAUCGCGCAGCUUACGCUUGACGAAAAGAAGUUUUUAUUAGCAGUCGAGAGAGGAGAUGUAGCAUCGACGAGAAGAAUGCUUCAAAAAGCAGAAGAAACGAACUACAUAAACAUAAACUGUGUAGAUCCGUUAGGUAGAAGCGCCCUCCUUAUGGCCAUAGACAACGAGAAUUUAGAGAUGGUGGAAUUGUUGAUCGAGCAUAGGGUGGAAACUAAAGACGCUUUAUUGCAUGCUAUCUCCGAGGAAUUCGUCGAAGCCGUCGAAGUUUUAUUGGAACACGAAGAAACUGUGCAUCGUAAAGGUGAACCACACAGUUGGGAAGCUCUUCCUCCAGAUACAGCGACUUUCACUCCGGACAUCACUCCUCUGAUCCUUUCAGCCCAUAGAGAUAACUACGAAAUUAUCAAAAUUCUGUUGGAUAGAGGCGCUACGUUACCAAUGCCGCAUGACGUUAGAUGCGGUUGCGACGAGUGUGUUACAUCUAGAAUGGAGGACUCUUUGCGACACUCGAGAAGCAGGAUCAACGCUUACAGAGCCCUAGCUUCGCCGUCCCUUAUAGCCCUCUCCUCGAAGGAUCCCAUUCUAACCGCUUUCGAACUCUCUUGGGAGUUGCGUAGAUUAAGUUUCAUGGAACACGAAUUCAAAAGUGAGUACCAAGAAUUGAGGAAACAAUGUCAGGAUUUCGCAACGGCUCUAUUAGACCAUACCAGAAGCUCUUACGAAUUAGAGGUUCUUCUAAAUCACGACCCCACGGGACCUGCUUUCGAACAUGGAGAUAGGAUGCAUUUGAACAGACUGAAGUUAGCUAUAAAAUUAAGGCAAAAAAAAUUUGUCGCCCAUUCUAACGUUCAACAACUUCUGGCUUCCCUUUGGUACGAGGGUUUACCGGGAUUUCGACGUAAAAAUAUGGUUUUGCAAGCGCUAGAGAUCGUCCGGAUAGGAAUUCUGUUUCCGUUUUUCUCUAUCGCCUACAUCGCCGCACCGCAUUCCGUUAUCGGUCAAACCAUGCGGAAACCUUUCAUCAAGUUCAUAUGCCAUUCCGCUUCGUACUUUCUGUUUCUUUUUUUAUUAAUUCUGGCAUCUCAAAGGCAGUUUCUUCAAUCAUUUUUCGGUAUGGGUACUCCAGAAGAAGAAUUUAUACAACGAGGGGCUGAACCCUCGGUGGUUGAAUGGAUAAUUCUUUCAUACGUUGGUGGUUUAAUAUGGAGCGAAAUAAAACAACUUUGGGACGUAGGAUUAGAAGAAUAUGUCAGAGAUAUGUGGAAUGUCAUAGAUUUCAUCACCAAUUCUUUGUAUGUAGCCACAGUAGCCUUAAGGAUCGUUUCCAUAUACCAGGUUCAAUUGACACCGGAAACGUCGAAAAUCAGAAGAGAAGAUUGGGACGCUUGGGACCCCAUGUUAAUAUCUGAAGGCUUAUUUUCGGCGGCGAAUAUAUUUAGUUCUCUGAAACUUGUGUACAUAUUUUCGGUGAACCCACAUUUGGGGCCAUUACAGGUGUCUCUAUCCAGAAUGGUAAUGGAUAUCAUGAAAUUUUUUUUCCUCUACGUCUUAGUACUGUUCGCUUUCUCUUGCGGUUUGAACCAGUUAUUAUGGUACUACGCCGAUUCCGAAAAACAAAGAUGUCGACAAGAAACUGGAGCUAAAUUGAACCACAACCAAACCGAACCGGAUUCGAACGCUUGCACGAUAUGGAGGAGAUUUUCAAAUCUAUUCGAAACUAGUCAAACUCUCUUUUGGGCAGUAUUCGGUCUAAUAGAUCUGGAAAGCUUCGAGUUGAACGAAAUCAAAAUAUUUACGAGGUUUUGGGGGAUGUUGAUGUUCGGCACUUAUUCCGUUAUCAACAUAGUGGUGCUACUCAAUCUGUUGAUCGCCAUGAUGAAUCAUUCUUAUCAACUGAUAUCGGAACGUGCCGAUACUGAAUGGAAAUUUGCCCGCAGUAAACUAUGGAUAAGCUAUUUCGAAGAAGGUGGUACCGUUCCGGUACCAUUUAAUAUCAUUCCCACUCCUAAAAGUCUGUGGUACAUCAUUUGUUGGGUGAGGAGAAAAUUUUGCGGACAUUCCAGAGCAGCUAAGAAAGAACAUAUGCGAACUAUAAGGCGCAAGGUAAAACAAGCUAACGAACGAGACUUCAGAUAUCAGGGUAUUAUGAGAAAUUUAGUUAGAAGAUACGUGACGGUCGAACAACGAAAAGCGGAAAAUCAGGGCGUCACCGAGGACGACGUCAACGAAAUAAAACAAGACAUUUCUGCGUUCCGAUUCGAACUUAUCGAAAUCCUCAAAAAUUCCGGUAUGAAUACUUCGACAGCGCACAAUGUUAUGGGUACUGGCGGAAAGAAAAAUAGACAAAAAGAACGCCGGCUUAUGAAAGGUUUCAAUAUAGCUCCCCAACCUUCGACGACGUCGUCGUCUUUACCACCCGUCGCCGAAUUCAUAGCGUCUUUACAACAGCAUCACCACGGCGAUUCCCAUCACGAUUUUUUCGGUUCUACUUUAUCGGGAAUCUUCACGCCGCAUUCGAGGAAGUUACACCUUCACGGUAGCACGGUAUCGUCUUCUCAAGGCAGUAUCAACGAGGGAAACGGUCACCAUAAAAGGAUGAAUUUUAAGAGGAGUCAUUCGCACAAAAGACGUUGGGGUACACUUAUAGAAGCGGCCAAAACCGGAAAAGUAUCCAGACUUAUAGGGAGGUCUCGUUCCGAAGAUUCGGUGUGUAAUAGUUGUAGGGAAAACGGUACUAAUCAUUCUCACAGUCAUAGUAAUAGUCCUGCGUCUGACGAUAACAGGUCUGUCAGUCUGUCGGAUUCGAAUCCAAGCUUGGAUGUGGCUGAUCCGCCAGAAAGAGAAUUACACGGUAUCGCACAAGGUUUGGCGCUUUUAAAAAAGAAGAGGAAGAAAUUUUCAGCGUCGAGGAAUUCUAGUCCGAUCGUGCCUCCAGCAAACCCACCUGAACACAGCCACCACCAUCGAAAAAUGCCACCGAAGAAAUUCCAACAGGUUCUAAAACGAGCUUCGAGCGUUCCCACUCGAGUACCGGAAGGUGUUCAACUGCUCCCGCGCCACGAAAAGACUCAAUCCCAACAAGAUUCUAUGGAAAUCCCAGAAACAGUGCCGUCCACUCUAACCCCAUCCACUACAGAAGAAAGCGUUAAUACAGUAGGACCCACCAUUCCACCAAGUGGUACAUCGAGGGAACCGCUGAUCUUCAACUCUUCUUCUAGUAAUCCUACUGGCUCGACUCAAACUCCGGAUGAGGAGUAUAACAGGAUCUCUUCGGGGACGCACGGUCAUCCUAAAUUAUCCGGCGUUAUACCGCUGAGCGGGCAUAAUGGACCUUCGGCUGGGUGGUUGUAGUGUGUAGUGAGAUAAAUUAAGCGGGUAAAUGGAAAUAUAUCAUUUCAUGAUAAUGGUAAAAUAUCAUAUAUUCCUUUUAAACAAAAUAUAUUGUUUUUAAACUUUAUUGUAGACCGAAUUGUUUCUUCGAGUUCACUUAUUUAUUAUAAACGUGGCAACAUCUUUUCGCGAAAGAUUGUAUUCAUUUAAUAAGCUUUUAGGACAUUUUUUACGUUUUAAAUCGAUGCAUUGUCAUGAAAUAUUUUGAAAAAUAAUAAUAUUAAAAAUAAAAACAAAUACGUUCCACUAAUAUAUAAGUAAAAACUAGAAAAAUAGAAUUUUUAUUGAAUCGAAUUUUUUCACAUUUAUUUAGAAUUAUUCAUUCUUAUUUGACAAUUAUUUAAUUCAAUUUAUAUUCAUUUUUUAUAAAUUUUAUUUAUAAAUAGUUAAAAUUUCAUAUCAUUUUUAUUGAAUAUCAUAAUUUAUUUGAUUUAAGGCAAAAAUGGAUCUGUAAUUAGAUAAGAAUAAAAAAUUAAAAAAAAGUGUCGACAUAACCUUGAACCUAACAUCUGUUUAUCAUUUCUCUUCAUAGUAAUCUUUGAUAUUCAUUCUAUAAUUAUAUGAAUCUUUUAACGGUCUAGCAACAUUGAAAUCACUGUUAGGAAGACAAUUUUCAAAUCAAACAAUAUAAUGACAGAACUGUCCUUAAAAACCGCUCAAACACAACAUCUUGGCAACAAGGCAUCGCUUACAGAUCGAAAUUCUGAAUAACAAGAUGUCGAUUUCAGAGGUAGACAGUGGCGUACGUACAGCCGAGCAAGUUAUUAAUUGCAAGAUUUAUUAAAAUUAUUUAUUGUCUUCAAAGGUGUGCCUUUCUUUGAUUUUACGAUUUGAAAAAUAUAUUCGACGUUUUAAUAUAAAAAUAUAUCCGCCAUGUGUACCCGAAAAAGACCAUUAGUUUGUAGAUGUAAUAAAAAUUAAUUCAAUAAAACCAAUUGUUAAAAUAAGUGUAAAAUCAUGGUGUGAAAACAUUGAACCAAAUUUAAAUAUAUGACCUCUACUUAUUAUAAAAUUAAUAUUAGUAUGACGGGAAUAUAUGUUUUUAACAGAAAUUUGACGUUUAUUAAACUAUAGGUGACUUUUGAUGGUAUUUACAAUGAUUUAAGAGUACCAACGAUGCGACGAUAAUGGCUGGCUUUUUAUCGUCACAAUAAGUGGGAGAAGGUGGGGCAAUCGAUUCAAGGCUCUACGGCUACACCCACCUUGUUGCGUAUUGACUGCAUAUUUUAGCCUAUUGCACUUCUAAUUCAUUUUUCCAUUUUGUGUUUUUUGAACUAGUAAAACGUGCUUUGAUAUGUAUAUGAGUUUUUCGGCUAACUUGCGUUGAAUCUGGUCAAUUUAAGUUACUGAAAAACCUCACCGUGUGGCAACACUGAACUAGUCGAUCUAUUCUACAAAAUUGUGUCGUUGGGCGGUCAUUGACAGCUCUCCUCCUUUAAUAUUAUGCUACUGUAAUCUCUGCGUUUUUUUUACGCCACCCUAUAGUAUCGCAGAAGUUAACGCUAUUUUGGAUAAUUUUUUCACAACUUGAUUCGUAAUAUUAUCUAUAGAUAUAUACUAGAUAUUCGUAAUUUAAAAAACCCAUUAUUUGUUAUUGUAUAUAGAAAGGGUUUUGGCUAAACACGCUUAAAAAAAUUAUUAUUUGUAAUUUAAAUAGAUUAAAGUGAUCAAAUUUAGAAAUACGUUAACCAUUUCAUACAUUCAAUCAAUCGACAAAAUUCACAAUUGUAUAAAAGUCAACAUACUGAUUGUUAUUCUGAACAUUCCAGCUUCCCCCCAUAAUUUGCUAGUAAAGUUUCAAAGUAGAUGUUUGUCAGUUCUCUCAGUUUUUCGAAUAUGAUUCAAAAGAAUAUAUAAUUCCUAAAUCAUUUUUUUUCCUAAUCUUUAAUCAGUGUUUAAUUCUCCUUACAUUUCAUUUAUUUCCAUAUAUUUUUAUUUACGUGGAUCUAACUUUUUUCGUAGAAGUGACGACGCCAUCUAUAUAUCAGCCUUGGAACUCAACGGGAAAAGAACAAACAUUCAGGUUUCAAUUGAUACCGAUAGAUGGCGGCCACAUCAUUGUCAUUAAUUAUUACUUCAUAUUACCUUUCACAAUAUUUGUAUCAAAAAUUAAUAUUUUAUUGUCUUCAAAAUCAAAAAUUAUCACUCUGUGAUUCUAAAAGGUACUUCUCAGAAUUUGUCUCUCAAUGUAAAACUGCAAAUUUUGAAUAACUAUUUUAUACAAUUAUCAUAAAGCUACAAAAUAUUGAAUGUUAGAAUUUUGUAUUUGUGACCAUAUCAGUACGAAUAAUCACAAUUUCAAAUCGUUCCAUUUCUUAUUUACAACUUUAAAUUGGGUUUGCAGAUUUGAAAUUACGUCACUGUGGCACGCAGAUUUAGUUUUACGUCAUAAUUUGAGGUUAUAUCAACCACUGUAUGUAAAAAAAAUGCGCAUACAAAUUUCAAAAAGCUAUAAAUCGAGCUAAUUUUGUUUGGAUACUUUAUAUUUAAUCUGAAAUUAUGACUUUAUGCUAUAGGGAUAUAGAAAAAUUGAUUGAUUCUCCUUUUUAGUUUUGAAAAACACGGAGAACGCUGCUACUACUAUAUAUUUAAAGAAUUGUUACUAAAAAGCUGAAUUAUAGAAAUUAACACAGUGGCGUACAACGGAAAGUUGUUGAAAUUUUACUUCACUAGCAACAUAACGCAUACCUUGCCAUUACUUAAAAAUCGUCCAUAUGGGGUGCACCAAAUAUAACACGGUAAAGUAUUUUUAAAUGACAAUAUAAAAUUUUACAGAUUUAGAUAUUAUUAACGCCUAAUAUAUGAACGUUUUAGAAUUUAGAAAGUAUGUAUAUCCAAACGAUGACCUUAAUUGACAAAGCUAGCGAACAAUAUACCGAGUGUAGUUGAAAACUAUUACGUUAACAUAGCUAAAUGCUUUAUAAUGUCACUUUAAAAGCACUUUAUCUGAAUAUACGUCAAAAUUAGUUCGCCAUUCGCUGUUUUUAAGUAAAAUUCAAUUUUUAUAUAGUAACAAACAUGAUUAAGUGUUUCAAUUAGACGUAAAUACAAUUAUAUGUUAUAAACUCGGAUUAUUUAGUGAUUUACAUAAUAUUUUGUCAAAACUGCAUCUACAAUAAAAAGUUUUCAUCUCUAAUUAAUAUUUUUAAUAAUAUAUACGAGGGUUGCUACUAAGUUUUGAGAUAGACAAAUAAAAGCAAAUAUUUAUAAUUGGAUAUGGUUUCAUUGUUGACAAGCAUAGCUGAAUACCUUGCUUCUAAAAUGACUAUACAAUAAUAAAUUGUUCCACUCUGUAAUUGAAUACAAACUUGAAUAUUUUUGUUUAUAUUAUAUUUAACAUCUUGAAUUUCUUGUAAAACUUUCUGUUUGUUUCCAGAUCACCUCUUAGUUAAAUUUGGAGUGUUAUUGGGUUGUGUCUUGUCUUUAUAUUUAUAAAAGUUUUGAUUUGUUUGGUUGAAACACUGAAUCUACUUUUAUAAUAGAAUUGUAAGAAAAUUAAAGCACCAUUAUAGAAAAUUAAGUAACUUGUAAGACUUGAUAAUAAUAGAACUGUUUUUAUAAUAUCUUCUAGAAGAACAACUGAAACCCAUAUAAAUAUAAACAAGGUGAAAGAACAAAAGAAAAGAAACUGAUAUAUAAGUAGAAGAAAUUGUUCAAUUUUGUUCAUUUUUCAUUUUUUUUUUCAUAGAUUUUCUGAUUUUGUGGCUUGGUAGGUUUUCAUUAAAUAUCUAUAUUGAAAUUUAUUGGGGAUAUUAGUAACAGCUUCAUUAAUAGUGAUAUUUGAGUAUCUGUUCAACUUUUUCAUCAUAAUCAAAAUGAAUAAGUUCUUGUACCAUUUGAUAAAAAAGUGUUACAGCAACUAGAUUCUAUACAUUUUGUAAAAAUACGCAUCUGCAAUGUUCUAAAUCAUAUUUUUUUCUCCUUCUUUCAUAGCUGUUGUUUAUCAUUUUUUUUCUUCUCCUUGGCCCAAUUUUAGUUAAAGUAGAAGGUUUUAAUAAUAUUUUUUCAUUUACCAACUAUUUCUAUUUUUAUCUAUUCUGAAUUAUUGUUUCUACUUGGUGCUAAUUCCUCACAUCUUCGAUCCUCUCUAGAAUUUUCGUACAUCUCUCUUUGAAUCUGUUUGUUUCGUUUUUAAUGAAGAAAAUUUUGCAGAUUCGUAGUAUUAUCAAGAAUAAUAAACAGUUAUAUAAACAUUCUUAAUAUAUUUUUCCACAUUUCAAGAUCUCUUUAUCAAUCAAAUCAUCAACUAUAAGUGCAUGUAAUUUUUCACUCACUGUUGGAAUUUUUUUUGAGACACUUUGUAUAUUAUAUUAUAAUGGAAAUAAACAGGAAUGGAGAACAAAGCAACUUCACUAAUAACACUAACCAUCUAAUAUUACAUUUCACAUGACUUUACUACCACUAUAGUCUGUUUGUUAACUUGUAAGAGUAAUUUAAGAAACCUGAAUGAAAAUUUAGAAUCCAAAACUAAAUAAUAAUUGAACCAAUAUAAACAUUCGUUUACAGGGCAUAGAAAAUCUAUUAGUGCUUGAAAUAAUAUUAGAGUCUACGGAUAUCAUUUGUUUACAAUAUACACAUUCAUUUAAUAAUAUGUCAAAAGUCAAAGUGAAUACAUGCAGAUUUGCCAACAUAAAUUCAUAUAAUUUUCAUGUCCCAAUCACAACACUAGAAAUCACUAAAAAAGUUACUAUAUUGGUAGUGAUGACAGAAAAAUAACAAUAAGGGUACAUUUCUGAUGCAAUUCACGGGCCUAGAGGAAACACGGCACACAUGCUUGGUAUAUGAGAAACCAUGCUAGUAUUUCUAAUGAAAUUCAGUGCUAAAAACCGUGCAUUUUACCUUCAACUGUAUCUUUUAUUCAAAUAUGAAUCUGAAUAAAACUACGUGGUGAAUAAAUUUGGUAAAUUUUUUACUUUAAAAUAAUUUGGAAGGGGGUAUUAUGUAGUCAUACAAUACGAGGUUAAUACUAAAUAUACGGGAAAAACUCUGACUUAAUUAAAUGGAUGGAAAAAUUAAACUGUGGGAAAAUAUAUUGCGACGUUUCUAUUUACUGCAUGUACUUCUACAAAUACAUUUAGUUUUCUAAGGGUUGCUGUUUGUAGUGUAGAUACGAAUAAAGGAAUUUUUAUUU